AUGGCUCACCACGAUGAGAAAGGUCCUCAUGGAGAUGGAGCCUAUAGUGAGGUUUUUGAGGAGGGUUCCGAUAUCAAACAUCCACACACAGUCCAUCGCAUUAGAGCUAAUUCCUCUAUAAUGCAACUGAAGAAGAUUCUUGUGGCCAAUCGUGGAGAAAUUCAAUGUGCUGACCCGAUUCCUCUGCUCUUCAGAUCUUCCGUACAUUAUGAGGAUCGUCUUAGCAUGCAUAGGCAGAAGGCCGAUGAAGCAUAUGUUAUUGGCAAGCGGGGUCAAUAUACACCGGUUGGUGCUUACUUGGCAGGAGACGAAAUCAUCAAGAUUGCUCUUGAACAUGGCGUUCAAAUGAUCCAUCCUGGUUAUGGAUUCCUUUCUGAGAAUGCCGAGUUUGCACGAAAUGUUGAGAAGGCUGGACUUAUUUUCGUUGGUCCUUCCCCAACCGUUAUCGAUGCCCUUGGAGACAAGGUGUCUGCCAGAACUUUAGCUAUUCAAGCCGGCGUACCGGUUGUUCCAGGUACCGAAGGUGCUGUCGAAAAAUUUGAGGAUGUAAAGAAAUUCACGGAUGAAUUUGGUUUCCCAAUCAUCAUCAAGGCAGCAUAUGGUGGUGGUGGACGUGGUAUGCGUGUUGUCCGUCAACAAUCAGAACUUGAAGAUUCUUUCAACCGAGCCACAUCCGAAGCCAAGUCGGCCUUUGGUAAUGGAACUGUCUUCGUGGAACGAUUCCUUGACAAACCAAAGCACAUUGAAGUACAACUUCUGGGAGACAACCAUGGAAACAUUGUUCACUUGUACGAGCGUGAUUGUUCCGUGCAACGAAGACAUCAAAAGGUGGUGGAAAUCGCACCAGCCAAGGAUCUUCCUCAAGAAGUUAGGGAUAGACUCCUGAAUGAUGCUGUCAAACUUGCCAAGUCGGUCAACUACCGCAAUGCGGGAACAGCUGAGUUCUUGGUUGAUCAACAACACCGACAUUACUUUAUCGAAAUCAACCCACGUAUUCAAGUCGAGCAUACCAUCACCGAAGAAAUCACUGGAAUUGAUCUUAUUGCAGCACAAAUUCAAAUCGCUGCUGGUGCAACACUUGCUCAAUUGGGACUCACACAAGAUCGCAUUUCCACUCGAGGUUUUGCUAUUCAAUGCCGUAUCACCACAGAAGACCCCUCGCAGGGAUUCUCGCCAGAUACUGGAAAGAUUGAAGUCUAUCGUUCGGCUGGUGGUAAUGGAGUUCGUCUUGAUGGUGGUAAUGGAUUCGCUGGCGCAGUCAUCACUCCUCAUUAUGACAGCAUGUUGGUAAAAUGUACUUGUCAAGGAUCUACUUAUGAAAUCGCCCGAAGAAAGGUCCUUCGCGCCUUGAUCGAAUUCCGUAUUCGCGGUGUCAAGACUAACAUUCCUUUCUUGGCUACUUUGCUCACUCAUCCUACCUUUAUUGAUGGUAGCUGCUGGACCACAUUUAUCGACGAUACCCCCGAACUGUUCGAUCUAGUCGGUAGUCAGAACCGUGCCCAGAAAUUGUUAGCAUACCUUGGAGAUGUUGCCGUAAAUGGAAGUAGCAUUAAGGGACAAAUCGGAGAGCCAAAAUUCAAGGGCGAAAUCAUUAUGCCAGAACUCUUUGAUGAUAUUGGAAAAAAGAUUGAUACCUCUGUACCAUGCAAGAAAGGAUGGAGAAAUAUCCUUCUUGACGAAGGUCCUGAAGGAUUCGCCAAGGCCGUCAGAGCAAACAAGGGAUGUCUUCUCAUGGACACAACAUGGCGUGAUGCUCAUCAAUCGCUUCUUGCCACGCGUGUUCGAACAGUUGAUCUUUUGAACAUUGCAAAGGAGACCAGUCACGCUUACAGCAACUUGUUCAGUUUGGAAUGUUGGGGUGGAGCUACUUUCGAUGUUGCCAUGCGUUUCCUCUACGAAGAUCCAUGGGACAGACUCCGAAAGAUGCGAAAGCUUGUUCCAAACAUUCCAUUCCAGAUGUUGUUGCGUGGGGCUAACGGUGUCGCUUACUCUUCUCUGCCUGAUAAUGCUAUCUUUCACUUCUGUGAGCAAGCAAAGAAACAUGGUGUCGAUAUUUUCAGAGUUUUCGAUGCUUUGAACGAUAUCGAUCAACUCGAGGUUGGUAUCAAGGCUGUACACAAGGCCGGCGGUGUUGUAGAAGGAACGAUCUGCUACAGUGGUGACAUGUUGAAUCCAUCGAAGAAGUACAACUUAGGAUACUACUUGGCUUUGGCUGAGAAGUUAGUGGCGCUUAAGAUUCAUAUCUUAGGUGUCAAAGAUAUGGCUGGUGUUCUCAAGCCAAGAGCCGCUACCUUACUGAUUGGCGCCCUUCGCGAGAAGUACCCAGAUCUUCCAAUUCACGUUCACACUCACGAUUCUGCUGGUACUGGUGUUGCAUCCAUGGUUGCUUGCGCCAAUGCAGGUGCUGAUGCUGUAGACACUGCUACUGAUAGUUUGUCUGGUAUGACAUCUCAGCCAAGUGUGGGUGCUGUUCUUGCUUCCUUGGAGGGUACCGAUCAUGAGCCAGGUUUGAACGUUCAUCAUGUCCGAGCUAUUGAUACGUACUGGUCUCAACUCCGUCUUCUCUACUCUCCAUUCGAAGCUGGUUUACAUGGACCAGAUCCGGAUGUCUAUGACCAUGAGAUCCCAGGUGGUCAAUUGACCAACAUGAUGUUCCAAGCAUCUCAACUUGGUCUUGGUGCUCAAUGGGCCGAGACAAAGAAAGCUUACGAGCAAGCAAAUGACUUACUUGGUGAUAUCGUGAAGGUCACUCCAACAUCUAAGGUUGUUGGUGAUUUGGCACAAUUCAUGGUUUCCAACAAACUCGACUUUGAUUCUGUCCAAGCGAGAGCUGGUGAAUUGGAUUUCCCAGGUUCCGUCUUGGAGUUCUUUGAAGGUUUGAUGGGUCAACCAUAUGGUGGAUUCCCCGAACCUUUGAGAACCAAUGCUCUUCGUGGCCGACGCAAGCUCGAUAAGCGCCCUGGUCUCACUCUUGAGCCACUUGAUUUGACCCAAAUCAAGAAAGACAUCCACUCUAAGUGGGGCAGUGUCACUGAGUGUGAUGUUGCGAGUUACGCCAUGUACCCUAAGGUCUUUGACGAUUACCGAAAAUUCAUUCAAAAGUACGGUGAUUUGAGUGUCCUUCCAACUAGAUACUUCCUCUCAAGACCAGAGAUUGGUGAGGAAUUCCAUGUGGAGUUGGAGAAGGGUAAGGUCUUGAUCUUGAAGCUUCUUGCUGUUGGUCCAUUGUCAGAUACUACUGGACAGAGAGAAGUCUUUUACGAGAUGAACGGUGAAGUUCGACAAGUUACUGUUGACGAUAACAAGGCAGCUGUUGAGAACACAAGCAGAGCAAAGGCAGAUCCUGGAGAUUCCAGCCAAGUCGGAGCUCCCAUGGCCGGUGUGGUUGUUGAGUUGAGGGUUAAGGAUGGUGGUGAGGUCAAGAAGGGUGACCCUCUUGCUGUUUUGAGUGCUAUGAAGAUGGAAAUGGUUAUCUCCGCACCACAUGCUGGUAAAGUCAGCAGUAUGCAAAUUAAGGAGGGAGAUUCAGUUGGUGGUGCUGAUCUUAUUUGUAAGAUUGUUAAGGCUGGCGAGUAG